AAAAUCUCCUAUAAUAAGUGCUUGAUCAAAUCAUCGACUGUCUUGGGUUUGCUUCAUUUGAUGCUUUGAUUUGAUAAGAAACCUUCAUUAGGAUUUUUCUUGUGGUUACAAUGCUUAUGGUUACAGUGUCAGGUUUGUCUGACUUGAUUUAAGCAUUGUAAUUUUCCUUGUCAGCUGAUGUGGGACACACUUUUUAGUUUGCCCUAAAUUUGUUAUGUCAGGUGGUUGAUGAAUUGAGACUGGCAAGAGAAUCCAUGAAUGUUAAUGGUACAAUGUCAGGCCAUUGUGUCAAAUAAAUGAUGAAUUGGCUGCAAGAUCAUAUUAUUUCAGAUAUGCAGUCACUGAGUACAGUAGACCAGCUGCCUCCAUCUUUUCAACCUGAAGGUACAGACAAAAUUUUGCCCAUGAAACGGCCUGAUUGUGGCAGAAAUUCCAUCAAAUCUUGCCGAAUUCUUGUUAAUCACUAUCCAAUCAAAUUCAAUCCCGAGGGCUUCAUAAUGCACUAUGAUGUUGAUAUCAAACCGCAUGGAGCAACCAAGAAUGGUCAACAUGGGAAAAUUACAAAAUCUGAUCUGCGUAUGAUCAGGAACAAGUUACUCUCUGAUGGUCCACAGCAUCCUAUGUGGAUGACUGCAUAUGAUGGUGAGAAAAACAUUUUUAGUGCAGAACCACUUCCUACUGGAAACUUCACAGUGGAAAUCUCUGAGGGAGAAGACAGCAACAAACGGUCUUUCAUGUUCACUAUAAAACUUGUAAAUGAACUUAAGUUCUGCAAGUUGAAAGAGUACAUAAGUGGGAACCUCCUACUUAUGCCUCGUGAUACCUUACAAGGAAUGGAUUUGGUAAUGAAAGAGAAUCCAGCUAGGCGGUUAAUCUCAGUUGGCCGGAGCUUUUUCCAUGCAGAAUUCAACCCAAGAGAUGAUCUUGGAUAUGGCAUUGCAGCAUCUAGGGGGUUUCAACAUAGUCUGAAGCCCACCUUCCAGGGUCUAGCACUGUGCCUUGACUAUUCGGUUUUGGCAUUUCGGAAGCGGGUUCCAGUUAUUGAUUUCCUGAAGGAGCAUAUCCGUGGGUUUAACUUAAAUGAUUUUGGAAGGUUCAAGAGAGAAGCUGAGGAUGCUUUGAUAGGGCUGAAAGUUACCGUGACUCACCGUCGUACUAAGCAGAAAUAUACCAUUGCAUGCUUGACUAAUGUGGACACUCGCCAUCUUUCCUUCAAGCUUGAUGAUCCAGAGGGCAAGGCUUCACCAAGGGAGAUAUGCUUGGUGGAUUAUUUCAGGGACAAGUAUGACAAAACAAUUAGAUUCAAGGACAUUCCUUGCUUAGAUGUGGGGAAAAACAACAGAAAGAACUAUGUCCCAAUGGAAUUUUGUGUCCUGGCUGAGGGACAGAGAUAUCCAAAAGAGCAGCUGGAGAGGAAGGACAAGCAGGCAGCUGUGCUGCUGAAGAACAUAUCUUUGGCUAGGGCAAAUGAUAGGAAGAGUAUGAUAUGUCAAAUGGUGCAGUCAGAGUAUGGACCCUGUGGUGGAGGCAUUGUUCAGAAAUUUCGAAUGGAAGUAGAUACAAAUAUGACAACUGUUGAAGGCCGUGUCAUUGGGCCACCAGAGUUGAGGUUAGGUGAUUCCAAUGGCAGGGUGAAUAAGAUUAAGUUGGACCGGGAGAAAUGCCAGUGGAACCUUGUUGGAAAAUCUGUUGUGGAAGGCAAAUCAGUUGAACGGUGGGCUGUGCUUGACUUUACUGCAAAGGAGCGAUUCAAUGUAUUGGAUGCAAACUAUUUCAUUCCAACACUUAUUAAACGGUGCCAGAAUUUGGGGAUUGACAUGGGAGAACCUCUGUCAUAUGAGUGCACUAAAAUGAGCAUGUUCUCCAAUGUCAAUGCGCUUCAUGAAGUCCUUGACUCAAUUAAUGAGGGCGCUAAACAUUCUGCUGGGGGUCAGUUGCAAAUUCUUUUGUGUGUGAUGACAAAAAGGGAUCCUGGCUAUAAGCAUCUCAAAUGGAUAUCUGAAACCCAAAUUGGUAUUGUGACUCAAUGUUGCUUGUCAUCAAGCAGACUCAAUGACCAGUAUUUUGCAAAUCUUGCUCUCAAGAUUAAUGCCAAACUUGGUGGCAGCAAUGUGGAGCUAAUCAGCCGGUUUCCCUGUUUUGAGGGGAGAAGCCCUGUUAUGUUUGUGGGUGCUGAUGUCAAUCAUCCUGCUGCUUCAAACAAGACUUGCCCUUCCAUUGCUGCAGUGGUUGCCACCAUGAAUUGGCCUGCUGCAAAUUGCUAUGCAGCACGAGUCUGCCCUCAAGCCCAUAGAAAAGAGAAGAUAGUGAACUUUGGCAACAUGUGCGCAGAGCUUGUUGAUACUUACGCCAAACAUAAUAAAGUUAAGCCAGAAAAGAUUGUGGUCUUCCGUGAUGGGGUAAGUGAAGGUCAAUUUGAUAUGGUUCUUAAUGAAGAGUUGGUUGAUCUCAAGAAGGCUAUUCAAACAAAGGACUACUGCCCAACAAUCACCCUCAUUGUGGCACGGAAGCGACACCCAACCCGUUUGUUCCCCGAGUCCCCAAGAGAUGGGGGAGCAGCUGGCAAUGUGCCUCCAGGCACUGUGGUGGACACCAAAAUCGUCCAUCCCUUUGAGUUUGACUUCUAUCUUUGCAGUCACUACGGGAGCCUGGGCACAAGCAAGCCAACACACUAUCAUGUCUUGUGGGACGAGCAUGGCUUUACUUCUGAUCAGUUGCAGCAGCUGAUAUACAAUCUGUGCUUCACGUUUGCUCGGUGCACGAAGCCUGUGUCGCUGGUGCCUCCAGUGUAUUAUGCCGAUCUUGUUGCAUAUAGAGGCAGGAUGUACCAAGAGGCUCUAAUGGAGGGUGGGCUGCCAAGGGGCUCACGGGCACCUUCCCAGUCUCCAGCACCAGCAUCGGCAGCACUGUCAGCUGGACCUUCAUUCAGUGAAAGGACCUACAGGUUGCACAGCAACAUUGAGGAUGCCAUGUUCUUCGUUUGACAGGCUGUAGCGGCGGCCACUCUCUCCUGGAAUUUUCUACCUCACACAUGGCUGAAGGAUGUUUGUACCUUUUUUGGUUUUAGAGAAAGGCCCAGUACAGGCUCUGCCCCUUUUCUAGUCAAACAAACUAGUUAAGGAGUUUGUGCGUGAAUCUAAUUGGGGUUUGGAUUUUGGAUUUUGGAUUUUGGAUUUUGGUGUGGUGUGUAUUGGAUAUUUUAUGUAGAUUUUGUUUUUGUUUUUUGUGUUUUUUGUUUUUUUGUGUGGUGAUCGAACUAUGCUUCAGAGGCAAUAUUUCUGAUUCUGGCUGGAUUUUCAUUUUUCAGCUGUGCCUUUUGUCUGAA